AUGCAUAAUUUAAGAUGCACACAUCUUGAACAAGAACAAGAACUCACAUAUACCAAAGAUAUUAGAGGGUUUUCACAAUCUUCAAGCAACGAAAGCACAAGUGAUAAUAAAUCUGAUAGUUUAGAUAAAAAUAUUAAUAGCGAUGCAAGUGAAAAUGAAGAUAAUCUUCACCAAUUAGCUAUAAAUAAACUUCAGUGGUUCUACUAUAAUCUUGAAGAUCUCCUUAAAGAAAAUGACCCAACGCUUAAUAAAAGUAUACUUAAAUUUGUAAAAUUUUACAAGCAACAUCACUGCUUACAAGAUACUUAUAUCCGAUCUUCAAUAUCUUCUUUUUUUCAAUCAUGUAACUAG